AUGAGCAAUACUGCAUUCCGAUUGGAGGCACCGUCGGCGGUAGCACGACCAUCAAUGCCCUUGUUCAUGUCAAGGGUAGCGCAGCUGAUUUCGCUGCUUGGGAAGCACUUGGCAAUCCAGGCUGGAGCCUGGGGAGUUUGCAGCCGUACUUCGAGAGAUCAACGUGAUCCUGAUGCCAUCUCCAAAUAUGGCCACAAAGUGGAUCCGAUCGCGUGGGGCGCUUCUGGACCAGUGACAUUGACAUUUCCACCAACCAGUACCCGCAAUUGCCUCAUCUGUUGA